GAAGAAAUCUGCAAAGCCUGUGUGGGCAGGCCGCCGAUAGGUCCGUCAUGUCUGCUGUGCAUACCUAUUACCAUGAAAUGUAUUGAAUUAAACUUCUUCUCGUUCUUGACGAUUGAAUUCUCCAGGCGGUGGUUUUUCGUAUACAUGCGUGUAUAAUCGGUACAAUUAUAUUAUAUACCAAUUUUACUACAUGCGUAUCCGACCAUAGGUUUACACGGCUAGCUGUCGUUCUGGCAGCCGUCUAUCUUACACAAUGACGUCCCAUCUUCAUCCUACCAUCGCCGCCGCCGCCAUGCUGUUCAUCGCAGCCACCGUCCCUCUCGCCAGUGCGGCCGCCUACGAGAACUUAGCUAUAUUAGACAAUGCGGCUCUAUUCCCUCAAUCCACCGGCGUCUACAACCCCGGCCUCGGGCCCCGCCAAUUCGUAGACGGCAUGCCCGCGAUCCCCGCGCUGCCGCCAUUUCCCGGCAAAGCAAAGCGUCAGGACCAGGCGGCGCAAUGUCCGGCGGGCAAACAUAGCUGUCUAGAUCUCGGCCCCAUAGGCGCGACGUGGUGUUGCGAUAACGACCAGUACUGUUUCCUGAACCAGAACUGGGAGCCGAAAUGCUGCGGCGUGGGAGCGCCGUGCGGCUCGCCGUGCGCUGAAGAUCUAUUAUAUUGCAACGGCACCGCAACCGUGACUACGACGGUCGCAACGUCGCCCACGACGACGGUUCUAGAACAGACUAGCCUAACCCCUGCGUGCUGCGGACGGGCAUGCAGCAGCACUUCCUUCCUCUGCCAGGUGGGCUUUGGCGGGCAGUGUUGCCCGUUCGGGGCGAGCUGCGGUUCCAACAGCCAAUGUUUAUACCCGCCCACAUCGUCCCAAUCUCAAAUCACCCCCGUCUCGUCAGGCUGCAUCGCCUGUUCCACCGGCGGCGGAUGCUGCAAUGUUGGCAGCACCUGCACGUCAAGCUUAGUCUCCGCGACGUCGACGGCACAACUCUGCGCAGCCAACCUGACCAUUGUUAGAAACGAGGGGGUGCUCUCGGAAGGUGCCAGAGUUGGCAUAGGAGUCGGUGUCGCCGUAGCCGCAUCGCUAAUCAUCGGCGGUGUGACAUGGUUCUGGAUCCACCGCCGGCGUGUGGCUAAAUCGCGCCGCGACGGCGGGACGUUGGUGGGGUCCGGGCACGACGAGCCGGAUCUUACGGGACCCUUUAUCCCUCCGGGUGCUGCCAUGUCAGACGUCACGAGCCCGUCAAGUAGGACGGGUAUGAGGCCGCGUCUGCACGAAGACGGGCUUGCGUACCCCUAUUUUGGAGCUGAUGCCGUCCCCGGACCUUAUACGGACCGCGAGGAUAACAGCACGCCUAGCAGGGCUCAAGGCGUCGAGUCUAGGUCAAAUCCCGGGUUCUCUGAGCAAGCCGCAAGGGCUGCCAACCGUUACCCGGACGCUCCGAGAGACAUCGUCCGGCCUGUUGAGCUUGGUACGCAGAAGGAAACGCGGGUGGAGCUGGGUGACAAUGAAUCCAGUAUUUCAGAAAAUGAUUCCGCUGCGAGUGGUGCUGCGGCGGCCAAAGAGGAGAGACAGGAGGCGUACGAACUUUAUGGGAGCCCCGUAACCUCACCAAUACCCAUGACUUUUGACGAAGCAGAGCGGCAGAGAGCUCAGGAGUCUCCUCCCCCGCCGGACCCGAAUCAGAAAGUAGAGAAGAGUGGGCAUGAAUGAGUAACUGAUGACAUAUGAUGGACGUUUGUGGUAUAUUACCCUAAUCCUAACUGUAACGAGUAGAUACGAACUUAAUCUAAAUGAAUACGACUGGAUGCCCUUCAGUCUGCGGAUAAACGCCUCACCUUGGCUUCCUUGCCUUUACCCCCAACGCCGAGCGUAAACAUUGUGCGACUGCACUAGACAUUAUUAUCGUCUGCCUUUCAUGUAUUCCACU